AUGUUACAAAACCGCUACGGUUUCCCCCGAUUGGCCACCGGUUUCCGCUCAACGGGGCGUUAUUUUGCUACGAAAAAUGUUGCCAAAGAGGAAAUAAAAUACACCAACACGAUCAACCUGCCGAAAACAAAAUUUCCCACUCGAUUGAGCGCAGCAAAGCGAUCCGACGUGGAGGAGCGAUUACGUCGAAAAUGUUUCAGUGAACUUUAUGCGUGGAAUCUCUCGGCGCUGCCGGUCGAGAACGAAUUCGUUCUGCAUGAUGGUCCACCGUACGCCAAUGGCGAUCUGCACAUGGGACACGCGGUGAAUAAAAUUCUGAAGGAUCUCAUCCUGAAGCACAAAAUCAUCAGCGGUACGCGCGUACACUAUGUGCCCGGCUGGGACUGUCACGGGUUGCCGAUCGAGCUAAAGGCCCUCAAUGCUUUCGGAAGCAAGGGAAAACACUCGUCCGAAGAAUAUCAUCGGUCAGCCCCGGAAAUUCGUGACAACGCUCGGCGUUUCGCUCUCGAAACGAUCAACAGACAACGGGAUGCGUUCGAGUCGUGGAGCGUAACGGCAGCUUGGAAUCAAGCUGGAACGGGCUUUUACAGGACCCUCGAUCCAACGUACAUUCGCGAACAGUUGCGGCUGUUUUAUGAGCUGCAUGAGCGCAACCUGAUUUAUCGUGACCUUAAACCCGUUUACUGGUCACCAUCGUCACGGUCGGCUCUGGCCGAGGCAGAGCUAGAGUACGACGAGGAUCACGUAAGCCCCUCUAUGUACUUGAAGCUUCGCCUCGUCGAUCGUGGUACCAAUUGCCACGGGAUCGAUCGAACAGCGCUACCUAAUGCUGAAGUGUAUGCUGUAAUAUGGACCACCACACCAUGGACAUUACCAGCAAAUCAGGCCAUUUGCUACAAUCCUUCGCUGGAGUACUGCUUGGUUCGAUCAGCGGCUGGUGAAAUACUUCUCGUCGGUAAAGAUCUCGUCGCUUAUUUAUCCGAGCAACUGGGACAACAUUUCGAAGUUCUGCAAACUGUUUCGAGAAGCGAGUUGGGCUCGCUACGCUACCACCAUCCUCUAAACAACGAUGAACUUCUACCGUUCCUACCGGCGGCGCAUGUGAAAGCGGAAAAGGGUACCGGUCUGGUUCAUACGGCGCCUGCACACGGACCUGACGAUUUUCUGGUCUGUCUCGAGCACCAAAUACCGGUCAAAAGUUUGAUCGAUGAAAACGGGUGCUACAACGAUCGUGCACCGGCGUCACUCGUUGGCUCUUUCGCCCUAACUGAGGGUAACCGGAUCGUAACGGAGGAGCUAGGCGACGCUACGCUAAAGCUGGCUUCAAUCGAACAUUCCUAUCCGAUCGACUGGCGUACGAAACAACCAGUAAUGCUACGUGCCAGCAAUCAGUGGUUUAUCGAUACGAACAGCCUCAAGCAAUCCGCCUUGGAAGCAGUGCGUGACGUUGAAAUUUUCCCCCGAACAUCGGCGGACGUGAGCAAACGGGUACUGGAGGGACAACUGCGAAAGCGUCCUUACUGGUGUAUCUCACGGCAGCGCGCUUGGGGUGUACCGAUUCCGGUGCUGUACGAUGUACGCACGAAAAAUCCGAUCGUUCACCGAUCGUUGCUUGCUGCAAUCGAAACACGCCUGAUGAAGGACUCAUCGAUCGAUUUUUGGUGGACAACGCCCGCAAGUGAGCUAGUUUCCGAGGAACUGCUAAAGGAUCUCCCGGUAGAAACCACUCGGGAGCAUCUAGUAAAAGGCAACGACAUAUUGGACAUUUGGUUCGAUUCUGGAGUUUCGUGGCGCACGGUACUGGGAAGAGAUCGUGUGGCUGAUCUCUACCUCGAAGGGAUCGAUCAGUUUACCGGCUGGUUCCAGUCAUCGCUGCUAACGAGUGUUGCCGAUCGUGGCCACGCACCGUAUAAAGCGAUUUUCGUACACGGUUUCGCCGUCGACGAGAAUGGACUGAAAAUGUCCAAAUCACUAGGGAAUAUCAUUUCGCCGGCCGACAUCAUUACCCAGUAUGGGUGUGAUACGUUACGGUGGUGGGUUUGUGCUCAUGCCAUCCAGAACACGUCCAUCCCAGUGAGUCACAAGCUUCUAGCCUCAUCAGGCGAAAGCAUACAGAAGCUACGCGGCAUUUUAAAAUUUUUGCUCGGUGUUGUGGCACCCGGCGGAGUACCACUGGAGAAGGAUGAACGACACGUGCUUCAGUGCGAUAUGCACAUUGACCGGUACUAUGUGCAGCAGUUGAAUGACUUCCAUCGAACCGUUUUCGAGCUGUACGAUUCGUAUCAACACAAUCGGGCUACAGCAACCAUUCUAAACUUUUGCCUUUCGACACUAUCCGGACUGUAUCUGCAUGUUAUAAAGGAUCGACUGUACUGCGGAACUGAGGAAGAGCAUGCCCAUGUCGCCACCAUUCUCACACACACCUACCGCACACUAUGUCAGGUGCUGUGGCCGAUCGUGCCGUUUUUGGUGGAAGAAAGUUGGACGUUUUUUGGAACUGAUCAUUUCUACCGGUGUUGUGCGUCGUUGACGAGUGCUCUAUCACCGCCUGUAGAUUGUGACCAGUCAACCGCCAUCAUCGAACGGGCUCUCAUGUUACGCCACGCUGUGUACCAGCAAGCCCAGCUCAACGUCAACACAUGGCUACUACAGCUUACCGUAGAGUGUACCGACGAUGAAGAUUAUCGCCUGCUAUCCGCCAUACACCCGACCGAAGGGCGGCCCGAUUCAACUACAGAACUUUGUGAACUGCUUCAAGUCGCUUCGGUCGAGCUGCUGCCCCGGCGACGCGAAAAUACAACCGAAUCCAUCGAACGUUUCGCUGUGACGGUCACCAAAUCGGAUCAAUCAUUGUGUCCCCGGUGUCGGCGCCAUUUGCAGCGUGACUCUCACGAUCCGUCGUGUGUCUGCGAACGGUGUGACGCGGUUCUUCGAUCGCAACGAUUUGCGGGCAAUUCGUAAUGUGCAGACUGCUAUGAAAACGACAGAAAGAGAGAGCGCGGUAGGAAAACAACAGUAGUGUAAUGAUACUCGUGUGACGUAAUUUUGGGAGUAUAUACAAAUGUAAGGAGAACUAAAAUUCCUAAAAUUAGAGCUUGAAACAAAGACAUUAGCGCGCGAGAAUGGACAGGCGAAGAGUGUGCACUUUUAGUUUUGGUCGGAAGGUUGUCCUAAACAACCGAGGGCACGAGUCCCGAAAUACGUGCUACGUAGCUAUUUUACCGAUCCUUUCAUCGAGAAUGUUGCGAAACAAAAUAUGUUAAAAACAAUUAAAAGUGAACAAGAACCAAAAACAAAAUCAAAA